AUGGGGGAAGUAGAAGAAACAAAUUAUCGGCCAGGGAAUGGGCUGACCAGAAGGGUUCAGGGGGUGGGCGAGGGGCUGGAGGGGGUCACGCUUCCAUCGCCAUUUGCAGCAGAAAUGACUGAAGCUGAAGCAGAUGCACUUGUGAACAACCACCGAGCCCUCUACCAGCAAGCUCUCAAGCGCCGUGAGACGAUUGCUAGCAGCGUCGGCAAGACCAAGUGUGUUCACACCCUCUCUGGUGUGCCGGUUCCUCAGAAAAAAUCCCGCGCCGCUAAGUCCGGUGGGCAGAAAGGCAAGCGGAGGAGGAAGGCUGGAGCUACUACAGGCAGUCAAGCUGACUUACCUGCUCCCGCGUCGACCGAGGAGGAGCUUGUCACAGACGGGCUCCCGGACCUCCCUCUGCCAGCAAGUUCCCAGCAGCAGCAGCAGACCGCGGGCGGGGUGUUGGAGAUGUCUUCAGAUGGCCCAAUUGUCAACCCGGCAAAUCUCACAAGGGACAACAAUGGCAACGUGAUUGUGAAGACAAGCCUCGAAAAGAAGGAGUUUGCGGUAAAGGCUCUCGACACUUUCACGUGGCUGAUAACAGACGCGCCAGUGGAGUGCAUGGAGUUCUUCCCAACAUUUGAAGUCUUCCAACCUCACCUCAUCACCAAGUACCAGCUGUGUGGAGUGAAUCGCGACGAGUAUUUCUACGCGACUGGCGGCAGAAUCGAGUUCGAGAAGCUGGUGAUGAAGGUCAUCAAAACGAAACGUUCAAACACCCACAAGAAGGUUCGUUUCUAUGCAUGGGGCGCGGGUGGGUUGGUGGAUGAGAGCAAGUGGCCGUUGCUGGCGGUGGAGCAGAUCAUUCCUUCUAAGAAGCGCACGGAAGAGAAGUGGCUGGAAGAAUUCAGGCAUGUGGUGCCCACGGCAGUGGCCACAUCGCUUGACAUUGCCCUCUCCAGCUUCUCCCUCGCGCUCGUCACCCGGACCUUCUACUCCAUGUGGCGUGUGGUGCUCCCAGUGGCGGGGGAGACGGAGUUUGAGCUGCUGGGCUUCAUCCUCGUCAUGCUGGCCUCAUUCAUGGCGGCCCCAGCUCCACAGUGCCUGUGUGCUGUGCUUGCUCUCCCACACGCCACAAUCCUCCGGUUUCUCACCCUUCCUCGCAUAUUUGCUAUGGUCACGCCAUCCUCAUGCCACUAUCCUCCUGCCUUCCCAGUCCUCCUAGUUCCCCUUGCCUCCCACCAACCGCAAGUCCGCCCUCCCUCUACCCCAACAGGCCUGACCAACCCGCUGCUCACGUUGCUGCAGUAUCUGGCGCCCGUGAUGGCGCUUGUGUGCGGCAUCUUCUCGCUGCUGCACGAGCCGUGGUCCUCGCUCGCCUCCUUGCCCUACUUUGACACGUGGCCUCACUCCCUCUGGACUCUCGCCGUCAUGCCCGUGGGGGGCGUCCUCGCCUUCUGCAUGGUGGGUGGUUGCUGUCACGCAACAAGGCACGUGAGUCUGAAGGCCAUCGGGUGCACGCGCUCAGUGAUGAGCUCCUCCCUCACCACCCGGGGGCAGGCCCUCGGACCAACUCUAGCUGCCUUUUGA